AUGGCCGACGAAGUGAGCCCCGUCGCGGAGUUCCUGGGGCAAGUCAUCUACCAAUUUACCGUCCUCAAACCCUUCCUGCCUACAUACGGACAUCUCCUUGUUUCUGCUCUUUUCCCGAUAUAUAUUGGCGCUCACGCAUCGCUAUCGAGACCCUCAUCUGCUGCGAAACCUCCCAAGAAGAAAGGAAAGAAGGGCGGACGCGAAACGGACGACGAAGAUGAAGACGAAGAACAGAGUUCUAUGCCGAAGAUGGAAGGUCUCCAACCUUCAGAUGCCUUGAUGUUCCCGUUGACUGCUGGAUUGACACUGGGUGGUUUGUAUCUGGUUAUCAAGUGGUUGGGAGACCCGGCUAUUCUGAACAAGAUCUUGAGCUUCUACUUCUCUCAGAUGGGGCUGUUCUUCGCCGUUGCGUUCCUCAAGGACAGUCUCACGGUGUUCCGCUCAUUCAUCUUUCCCAAACAGUAUCACCAAGGUGGGAAGAUCUGGAAAGCCAACCAGUCGGAGCGCGUCUUCACAGUUGGCGACGGCCCAGAGACCGUUGAGGUUCGAAAGUCUCCCCUACCGGGCGUCCUUGGAAGCAUCCCAUUUCCCAGCUUUGUACUAGCAACACUUUGGUUCUAUCGUGACCUCGCAUACCAACGGGUUAAGAUUCGCGCUCAUGUGCGUGGUCUAUUCGACGCAAAGGGUCGCCUGGGCUUGUCAGAUCUUCUCAGUGCUAUUGUGGGACUCUUUGCAGUUGGCUAUUUUGCUUUCCUGACGAAGCCUUGGUGGUUGACCAACUUUCUGGGUUUCAGUUUUUGCUACGGUGCCCUACAGUUCAUGUCACCAUCAACGUUCUGGACAGGCUCGCUCAUUCUGGGCUCUCUGUUCUUCUACGAUAUCUAUUUCGUCUUCUUCACCCCAUUGAUGGUAACAGUUGCGACAAAGCUGGACAUCCCGAUCAAGCUCCUAUUUCCUCGCCCUCCCGCUCCUAGCGAAGCUCCCGAUACGACUUCUCUGGCAAUGCUGGGAUUAGGUGACAUUGUCAUUCCUGGCAUGAUGCUAGGCUUGGCACUGCGCUUCGACCUUUACCUUUAUUACAAGCGAAAGGGCUUGCAAAAAGCGCAAGCAGAAGAUAAAGGCGAAGCUUUCGUCAAGCCCCAAUACCAAACUGCGACUGGAGGCUGGGGAGAGCGGUUCUGGACAGGAGCAGUUAAGCCAGAAGGACCUGAGCUGGAGCCUCCGUACCACGAUGCUCGGGCUUUCCCAAAGACAUACUUCAAGGCCAGCGUUAUCGGCUACAUCUCCGGAAUGGUUACAACUCUUCUCGCCAUGCAGUAUUCCAAGCAUGCCCAACCAGCCCUCUUGUACUUGGUCCCGGGUGUCCUGAUUUCCUUAUGGGGAACCGCCUUCUUCAGAAAAGAAACCCGUGACAUGUGGGAAUUCUCUGAUGCGGAAGAGGUGGAGGAAGAGGACGAAAAAGAAGAAAAGCACGAGAAGACCGGGGAUGACAAGGAGAAAAAGGAUCAGAACAAAGAGAAGAACACCAAGAGCGUCUUCCUUCGACUCCUGUCCGGCGACGCUAGUGCACUGAAGCUUGAAACGCCCGAAAAAAAAGCUGACGAAAAGGAGAACAAGGAUGGGAAAUACGACGGUGAGGGAUCUGAGGCUGCUAAAGCACGAGGGGGUGGCUCGACCAAGAAAGAUGGCAAGAAAAAGAAGGAUAAAAGUCAUGACUUGAAUCUGGUCUCGUUUUCCAUUUCACUCCCCCGAAAGCCCAGUCGCGAGUCCAAGGGCAAGACCGACAAAUCGCAGAGCUCAUUGUCAGACCGUUCAGGCGACGAGGAUCAGGACAAGCCCGUGAAGGUCCCUACUGUUGUUCUCGAGCAAGAUAGUGAACCACCUGCAAAGAGACUCCGGCGGAGCCCUAGGACAGCAGAUGCAAGUGCGAAUGCAACAGCGAGUUUGUAG